GUUGACUUCAUAGCAAGUUCAACCACAACUGACUAUACGGUAGCUGCCGGCUGCGUCCGUCAAAAGGCGGGAAUGAGCUUGGGAGAACCUCAGCGAGAGUUUCCGUUAUCAGCCUGAUUUAUCCAAGCUGUUCUGGUUUCCAAUAUAUACCCCAGAGCUUUCUCCCGAAUAUACAUGGACAUGUAUCAAUCUGGUUCCCCAUCUUCACCCAUGUCACGCCUGACUGACCCGCCUCUCGUGUCUGACUUACGAAAUGGGGAAGACGCCAUGUUGCAAACGAAUGUGGUAUUUAAUCUUGAACCUUUCGUCUGAGAUUGCCCAUGGCCAAGCUCCAUUCAUCACCCAGGAGCCGAGAGAGCUGACUACACGGAAGUCCGAACCCAAUGUGUUCUGGACGUUCAGCAGCCUUGAUAGAGGAAAUGCUUUGCUCACAAUAUCCAUAUGCUGAUUCCCCGAGGCUGGGUGCACUAUCGCUUCUGUGGAGCGCUAUGACAAUUGCUAGCAGUAGAGGUCAUGCUAAUCAAGGUCUUUUGUCAAGUUUGUUUCCCAAUAGAGCCAAUCAGCAUUGCCAUUUCCGUCGAUGGCUCUAGCUUUCAUCUGAAUGCACUCAUUUGUGCAUCAAUUUCCUCCACUGAUCCACUUAUCAUGUCUACCAUUGUCUGGUAGAAGGCAUCUUUCACCCCUCCCCUUCCCCUUCCCAAACCCCCACACCCUUUCCUUUGUUUGAUCACAUUUCUCUCAACAAAUCUCACCCAUCGCCCGCAUCGUGUAGGACAAGCUUGCUUACCUUCAUUUUCGUUGCAGAUCAACUCCCAGUUUUCAACCUCAUUCUCUCAGAUCGCGACACAUCUUGAAUAUUUUUGUGUCCACUGCUUCACCCUGUCUCAAAGGCCAUUCGCUCUCUAGACUUUCUUUAUUCGACUUUACACUCGCCGGCAGCAGUCCGGUUUACCAGCUUUCGCUUAUUCCAACUCCUCAAUUACCGGCCUUGUUGAAGUGAUCGACAUUUCGAAACAGCCAUGGCUUAUAACUCACAUCACCAUCCAUUGCGGGAUCAAUCAAGCCGGCAGCCCUCAUAUGAAUCUGGCAUUGACGCAUCACCGACCCUAUAUCAUCCUCAAAUGGCUUCUCAUCCAUCACAACAUGCCCUCACCCACCAAUCCUCAUUUCAUGAUGAGAAAUCCUCAUUAACUCACCAUGCUCUUCCCAUGGCAGGCGCGGCCUACCCGGGAGGCUACUACCCACCAACUGGGGGUCCUGGCUAUCCACCUAAUGAUAUGCCUGGGUACCCUCCUAGUGGCAUGCCCGGCUAUCCCCCAGCACCCACGUCUUUUUCAGGAUCUAUGCCUAGCCCAGGAGGCGCUGCUUCGAUGGUUAGCGAUGAUGAUUGGAGACGUCGUGCCAGGCCAGUCCAGCGUGGGAUCACCAGGCGGGUGAAGCUUACUCAGGGUAACUUCAUCAAUGACUACCCUGUCCCAAAAGCAAUCUCCAACUCUCUCGAGCAAAAGUACCUCCAGCAGGCCAUUGGGAAGCAAUUUUCUCAUCUUCGCUACACAGCCGCUACCUGUGACCCGGAUGACUUCACUCCUGAAAACGGCUGGAAACUCAGGACUGCGACCACUGGUAAUGAAACUGAAUUGUUGAUUGCAGUUACCUAUUACAACGAAGAUAAGGUCCUCUUUGCUCGUACCAUGCACGGUGUCAUGUUGAAUAUACGGGAUAUCUGCAAAUCUAACUCGAAAUUCUGGAAUGGUAAAGGCGCCGAAGCUGGCCAGAAGGGAUCUGGAUGGCAGAAGAUCGUUGUCUGCUUGAUUUUCGAUGGAAUUGGACCUUGUGACAAAAACGUGCUUGAUAUACUUGCCACUGUCGGAGUCUAUCAGGAUGGCUUGAUGAAAAAAGAAAUUGACGGCAAAGAGACGGUUGCUCACAUUUUUGAAUACACCACUCAACUCUCGGUGGAUCACAAGCCGUCCCUAGUUGUACCGACUCAGGACGGUGAUUCUAAAACCAACUUGGUCCCUGUUCAGAUGAUAUUUUGCUUGAAGCAAAAGAAUUCGAAAAAGAUCAACUCCCAUCGUUGGCUUUUCAACGCGAUCGGUCGUCAACUUGAUCCUGAAGUCUGCAUUCUUAUUGACGCCGGUACCAAACCAGGAAAGCGCUCACUUUAUUACCUGUGGCAAGCCUUCCACAACGAUCGGAAUCUUGGUGGAGCUUGUGGCGAGAUCUAUGCCAUGUUGAAGGGAGGCAAGAAACUCAUCAACCCCCUCGUUGCCGCCCAAAACUUCGAGUACAAGAUGUCCAAUAUUCUCGAUAAGCCGUUAGAGUCUGCGUUUGGUUAUGUCUCAGUGUUGCCCGGGGCCUUUUCUGCUUAUCGAUUCCGGGCACUGUCUGGACGACCUUUACAGCAAUAUUUCCACGGAGACCACACACUGGCUGAUAGGCUAGGCAAGAAAGGACUCAAUGGAAUGGGUAUCUUCACCAAGAAUAUGUUUCUUGCAGAGGAUCGAAUUUUGUGCUUCGAGCUUGCUGCAAAAGCGAACGAUGCUUGGCUUUUGAGUUAUGUCCGAGCUGCAAAGGGUGAAACCGAUGUGCCUGAACAAGCUGCCGAACUGAUCAGUCAACGUCGUCGUUGGCUAAAUGGAAGUUUUGCUGCAUCCAUCUACGCCACAAUACACUUCUUCAGGUUCUACAAAUCGUCACACAACCCCAUCCGAUUAUUGAUGUUUCAUGUGCAAGCACUCUUCAACAUUUUUCAACUCAUCUUUACUUGGUUCUCACUGGCCAACCUUUGGCUAACCUUCAGCAUUAUCAUUGAGCUUCUCCCGCAAAACGGAGUAUUCCUUUUUAAAGAUGAAGUUAUCACUCAUUGGGUCAAUCUUGUUCUUCAGUGGCUAUAUCUCGGUGCACUGGCCUUGCAAUUUGUUCUUGCUCUGGGAAACCGCCCCAAAGGCGAACAAACCACUUAUGUGAUAUGUUUCAUAAUCUUUGCAGUAUUGUCGUACUAUUUGUUUUUUUGUGCCCUGCUAUUGACUGUGCGGGCUUUCGGAUCGCUAACUUUCAAAGAUUCUCCGACCAUCGUUGAGAAGUUCCAUGUGCUGAUUGGCGGUACCAACGGGGUACUACUUGCUGCCUUGGUGUCUACUUAUGGAAUAUACCUCAUCGCUUCCUGCCUUUACGCCGAUCCUUGGCACAUGCUUUCCUCCUUUCCCCAAUACAUGGGUCUUGCGCCAUCCUUCACCAAUAUCCUCAAUGUAUAUGCUUUUUGCAAUUUGCAUGACGUUUCAUGGGGUACUAAGGGCUCAGACAAAGUCGACGCUUUGCCUUCGGUAAAGUCAUCCAACGAAAAGAACGAUGGUGAAAACGGACCUACUGUUCAAGAUGUGGUCAGGACAGAAGAAGAUCUGGACGCCAACUUCAAAGCAGUUGUUGGACGGGCAAUCACGCCUUGGAGCGUUGUUGAGGUAGCAGAGAAGCCGACUGAGGACGAUGGAAACAAGACUUUCCGUACGCGCUUGGUAUCUGUCUGGAUGCUCUCAAACGCUGCUUUGUCAGUGGCUAUCGCAAAUGUAAACGGCUUGAACAAAUCCACUGCAGACGAGGAAAAGAAACAGUCCAUGUAUUUCAAUAUCAUCCUGUGGUCAACCUUCGGUCUUUCGGCAGUUCGCUUCGUUGGCUCUACCUACUUUUGGCUCAAGACCAACCUGACCCGAUGUUGUAAAAAGACAUAGAGGGUGUUGGCAACUCAAUUGGCUUCCCUACCCCCAAAUCAUCAUUUUACUUAGCCUCAAUUUCGUAUGCACUACCAACUCGUUGUCGAUCAGUGUGCUCAGUUUGUACAUACAUAAUUACCUCACUCCAACACACGCUUUUUUUGCUCAAUCUCCUCUCCCUUUCAGAUCAGCUGUAGCUAGUUGCACUUGUAGCCAAAUUUGUAGACCCCUAUUUGAUGUACAUUUCAAACAGCCAGCUAAUAUCAAUUGACUUGAAUAACUUUCUGCUCAUUGAGCCUACUUGCAAGGCUCUUGCUAGAUUUCAAGCCAAGGUCCCAGUUUUUAUAGCCUGGCCACUCGGCAAUGCCAUUGUCC